UUAACUUCCAGAAUCAAAAACACAUGCUUGUAGACAGAUUCGCAAUAAUGAAUUUAGGAAUGCGUUUUUUAAGCUUUCUUGCAGUCUUUGUAUGGAUAGUUACAACCGAAGGAGAUGAAUCACACAGUGGUUGUAAGUGUGGUAAAAAAGAGAAAAGUCGUUUUGGCGGUGAUGCUUUUUGCUGCGGAACGCUUUUUGGGGAUCCGGCCGAGAUAUCCAGAUGCCUCGGAGGUUUGUAUAACAACCAUCAACAUUUUCUAAAUCUAUAUAACUGUUCACAAGAACUAGGAAAAAAGCAUCAUCGCCAAACAGAAGUGAGCAGCAUCUCUAAUGAACUAAGUAUAACAGCUCUUUGCGAAUCAAUUGCCACUGUUAUAUUUUGUCCACUCGAAGCCGAUGAAAUUUCAGAAACCUGCACAGAAAUAGAACCAAGUAUAACAGCUCAUUGCGAAUCAACUGCCACUAUUAUAUUUUGUCCACUCGAAGCCGAUGAAAUUUCAGAAUGCUGCAAAGAAAUAGAGUCAGUGAUCGCCCAGUGCAUUAAGGAUCCAUCAGAUUUUGAUGUGUCUACAACAGAAGCGGUGUCUACAUCAGACGAAGUGUCUACAACACAAGAGGAAGCAGAAACAGAAAUGGUUUCUACAACCAUGCAAACGUCUCUACCGAACACUGAUUCCGACACAACCCAGCAUAUGCCUUCAACUAUUCCAGGAUCAACAAGCAGAUUAAUGGUAGUUGGAAUCGUCGUUGGGGUCUUUAUUGUGAUUGUCGCUGGAAUCAUUGUAAUUAUUCUUAGAAACACUGGGCGCGCAUGUUUCAAAUCUACCGAGAGCAAAUGGCAUCAAAACAGGGGCGGCAUGACCCAUGAGUCGAAUAUAGAUCCGGAGCUUCAACCUCGUGAUCACUAUGAGUAUUUAGGGAUGAGUGAUGACACCACUGACUCAGUUGUCCUAGCUAGCAAUGUAGGCGUCUUCAAUGGAAAUAAUAGCGGUGGUGUGGCCACUGUUGAAGACGACAUGGCAAUAGCAAAUAAGCCAGGGGAGCUAGAAAACUUUGCUGCAGCAAAGUCCGAUUUCGUGUUGGAAAAAGAAUGCAUGAGUCAAGAUUUCGCUCUUAAAGCCGGUUCAUCUGAGAAACACAAUUACUUUGUUUUAGAAGCACAUCGCUUAGAAUUGGAGAACCGAAAAGAUGAGCCCAGUGACGAAAGGCAUCCGUUUUUUUGUUUUAGAAAAAGAAGGCACUGGUAUUCAUGUUAAUGAAUAUCCAUCGGAUGAAGUUAAUGAUUUAUUUAAAUUAGAGAAACCAGUCGUCGAUGUCAAAAUAGGCGUUGAGGAUACUAAUGAUAGAAAAUUCAAAAUUGAUGAAUAUGAGGACAUUGAUGACACAAACUUCGAAGUGGUGAACAACGACUAUGAUUUCACCAGCAAAGGUUUGGGUGCGGUAUUUUCAGAAAAUACAUACAGCAGACUUAAUAUAAACGGCGACGAUUAUGAUCAUAUCGGAAUUAAUAAAUUACAAACGUAGAGCAGUA